UCACAACGGACUAGACUGAAGUAUCGGUACUGUACGGUAUUGUACUCGAGUAGGUUGGGGGUGAAAAAAAUGGUGGGAGGGAAGGAGGGAAGAAAAGAGGUGUUUAAUUUACCCCUCACUACACCCAACUCUCGAUUCCGGUUUUUCCUUUCCUCCCCUACCUACCUACCUACCUACCUACUUGAUUAUAUUUUUCUUCUUUUUUGUCCCUUUGCUUUCUCUCCCUUCGUCCCGUUCCUCCUGGCGUCCCGAGGCUCACCUAUUUAAGGUAAUUCGAUUCCACCACUUUUUUUUUCCUUCCUGCUCAUCAUCAUCAUCAUCAAAGCGGUUCUCAAGUCAAUCUAAGCUCUCGAUACCGACACAAUGAGCCUUUCCAUUUCUUCAGUUUCGACAAAGCCCUUUGGUAAGUUUGCUCACUUGUAUUACGGCUAUUAUUAGGGCUCCCCUCGCGUCAUAGAUCAUAGCUAACUCGAUCACUUGCUACCAGAUGGCCAGAAGCCCGGAACGUACGUUAUUGAGCUUUAAAUACCCGAGACCCAGGCUAACAGGAGCUCAGCUCCGGACUCCGAAAGAAGGUAGCCGUUUUCGAGCAACCAAAUUACACCGAGAACUUCGUUGCGGCACUUCUCCAAGCUAUCCCCGAGGGAGCCGAAGGAUCGUUCCUUGUCAUCGGUGGUGAUGGCCGUUACUACAACCCUGAGGCCGUCCAGAAGAUUGCAAAGAUUGGCGCUGCCUAUGGUGUCAAGAAAUUGCUCAUCGGGCAAAAGGGUAUCUUGAGCACCCCAGCUGCUAGUCAUGUUAUCCGGAAGAGAGAGGCCACCGGAGGAAUUCUGUUGACUGCUAGCCAUAACCCUGGUGGUAAGUUAAGCUUCGAUUGUAGGUGAAAGAUAGGGCUGGGGCAAGGGCUAAUUGAUGAUAGGGCCUAAGGAGGACUUUGGAAUCAAGUACAACUUGGCAAAUGGCGCACCAGCUCCUGAGAAGGUUACUGAUAGGAUUUACGAAAUCACCCAGACAAUAUCAGAAUACAAGAUUGCUGAUAUCCCUGAUGUAAGCCCCCCAAUGCAUCCACAGAAGGUCCGGUAGCUAAUUCAAUUAGAUUGACCUGGAAACUAUUGGAACUAAGACUUAUGGUCCUCUAGAGGUAGAAGUCAUUGAUUCUGUCGAGUGCUAUGUCUCCUACAUGAAGGACAUCUUCGACUUCCCUCUAAUCAAGUCUUUCUUUUCCUCAAACCCCAAAUUCCGAGUGUUAUUCGACGGUCUGCACGGUGUCACCGGCCCAUAUGGGAUUGCCAUCUUCCAGAAGGAACUCGGGCUCCCGCCCAACUCUACACAAAACUGUGUACCGCUCCCCGACUUCGGUGGUGGGCAUCCAGACCCUAACCUCACCUAUGCACACUCCUUGGUUGCCGCUGUAGACAAGGAUGGUAUCCAAUUCGGAGCUGCCAGUGACGGUGACGGUGAUAGGAACAUGAUUUACGGAGCUAACGCAUUCGUAUCGCCGGGUGACUCUUUGGCUAUUAUCGCCCAUCAUGCAGACAAGAUCCCAUACUUCAAGAAGCAGGGCGUCCUCGGAUUAGCUAGGAGUAUGCCCACCUCCGGUGCCGUCGACCUUGUUGCCAAGAAGAAGGGAUUGGAGUGCUAUGAAGUCCCCACUGGGUGGAAGUUCUUCUGCAACCUCUUCGAUAGCAACCGGCUGAGCAUCUGCGGCGAGGAGAGUUUUGGGACUGGAUCGAACCACAUCAGGGAGAAGGAUGGUGUCUGGGCUGUUGUAGCCUGGUUGAACAUUAUUGCUGGCGUCGCUAAAGAUCUACCAGCUGGCGAGGAACCUUCCAUUGCUAAUAUCCAGAAGGACUUCUGGAGAGAAUAUGGCCGUGAGUUACUCUCGGACUAUGUGGUAGCCGAUACGUAAGCUGAUUAGGGAAGGAACUUACUUCACCCGUUAUGACUACGAGAAUGUUGACUCGGCAGGAGCUCAAAAGCUUGUAGGCGCCUUCCAGGAAAAAGUUGAUGACAAGUCAUUCAUCGGCAGCGAGAUUUCCGGAAGGAAGGUUACAGAUGGUGGUAACUUUAGUUACACCGAUCCUAUCGACGGGAGUAUCUCCAAAAACCAAGGCCUGUACGCCAAAUUCGACGAUGGAUCGAGAAUUGUUGUCCGGCUAUCCGGGACCGGGAGCUCGGGAGCUACCAUUAGAUUAUACCUAGAGAGACAUGAAGCGGUAUGCUUGGAAUCAAUUUUGCGGUGGUUGGGCUGGGGCUAACAUUAGUUUUCUAGGAUGAGGGCAAACACCUACUGGAUGCUCAAGACUAUCUCAAGGAAAAUAUCAAGCUCGCUGUGGACUUCUUGAAGUUCAAUGAGUUUGUCGGAAGAGAGAAGCCUGAUGUUAUGACUUAAAGAGGUAUUGCGGGUACGGCAUGGUUUAUGCAUACAAUUCGUGCUAAAAAAAAAAAAUCCACGUGUAAUAUUACCCCCGAGCAUCAUUAACACCUUAGCAAUUGCCUUUGAAUUGAUAUCAGAGCCUUGAUUCAACCAUGCUGCCCUUUAUGAUCCACCGUGAUGUUUUCCGAAGCACCUCGGCGGCGCACAACGACCUGACGGGUAUCGGGGGUGGAAGUUUUCCCCACUCUGCACGAGAGCCUGCUAACCGAUGAACUCUCAAAGCGAUCCCCCUUUAGCGAGUGAUAGGACGUGAUAGCUAUUUGACUGCCCGGGACGCAACUCGUCUUACUUGCCUGAGUGUGAGAGAUCUGGGGCCGUGCAUAAAUCUCGCACAGGUCUCGAGCCACGAGUAGGGCUUGGUGUCCGAUGUCUUUGGCGGCCUUGAACCCCGACUGCCUUAAUCCCUGGAAUAGGGUUGUUCCGAACAUAAAAACUCGGGUCAUGCCAUCCCAUCUAGGUUUCAAAUUGCCGAAACGUUGCAUCCCACAGCUCGGCACUGAGAUGUACUGUACUCGUACCGUACAGUAGACUGCCGUAUGAUAUCGACGUUACAACCCAGAAAGGGUC